GCGGCUUUAAUAAAAGAAGGAAGUAGGGGGAGGCAAGGUAUAUAAGUAACUAUAUAUUGAUUGAAUGCAUUGAAGUGAAUAAUUGAGUUGUGAGAUCGAUGGCGUCGACUGAUCCGGAUCUGCCACGUGACUCAUGGGUGUGUUCUCUUGCAGAAGAAGCAGAAGAAGAAGCUUCCAAUAACAAGGCCAUGGAGGAGUUUCUGAACAACAUCUACUCGUCCAACGACACGAAGAGCACUGCUGACAAGGCGAGCCUUCAGAAACAGAGGAGGAUGAUCAAGAACAGAGAGUCUGCGGCCAGAUCCAGGGAACGCAAACAAGCUUACACCCUUGAGCUAGAAUGUUUGGUUCUUCAACUUGAGGCUGAGAAUACCCGAUUAUUAGAGGAACAGGCACAAAUCAAGAGGCAGAGGUACAACCACCUCCUCCACACCAUCAUUCCAGUUAUCCACAAGCGUAAACCAAGACCAAUGCUUCGCAGACUCAAUUCCCUCCCCUGGUGAUUGCUCAAUACCCCUCUUCAAUCUUCAUCCAUUUAUUGUACUGCCUCAAAUCAAUAAUCAAAUAUUAUAUGUUAACCAAGCACCUCUUUAUUAAUAACUUUUGAUACCGUGACGUGGCAAUAGUGCAUGAAUAUGAAAGACUGAAAGAGGAGUCAAUGCGAUACGCAUUGUCUACGCCUCUGUCAAGCACUUGACGAAUGCUUUGACGUUUUCUCUCUGUGUUUCGCGCCUUGGACCUUAUAAACAUUUGACGACUUCCAUAACCAGGUCUUAUUCACUCCAGCUGUACCACACUUUAAUACCUAAUUAAUUAUGGAUUUGCCUGAAAAAUAUCAUUAA